CCCGGCCGGGGACAGAGCCACCAUGAGCACUCACUGCCCACCAUGCGGGCGCUGAGUGGGCUGCUGUUCUUAUCUCUGUACCUCUCCUGCGGAGAGGCCUUCAUGUUCCCUCUGAGGGACAAAGCCUCGGAGCCCCUGGAGAAGGUGCCUUGCGGGGCGCACUCCCGGGUCCGGCCCAACCUGCCCAUGUAUGCGCACAGCUGGCUGGCCAACAAAUGGCUGUGGCUGUUCUUUGCCGUCAUGCUGUAUGUGAUCCUGAAGUUUCGGGGACACGGUGAGAAGGCAAAAGCCAAGGAGCAGAACUCUCCUGGCCUUCGAGGCUAUCCACUUCGCUCUCCUCUGAAGAAAGCGCAACAUGGCUGCUCAAGCAAAAACUAUGCAUUCAACACCUUAACCCACUUUGAGAAGGACCUUAUGCAAUUUCUGUCCAAAGUACGUAAUCUCAAAGCAGUCUUGACAAGCGGCAAUAACACCCGGCUGUACGGCCCAGACUUUCCUAUAGACCCGCAGGCCUGUGUUACAAUAUAUGAAGUAUGGGGAGAGACUCCUGAAUGAAAGCACUGGUGUGUCAGAGUAGGAGAGGAGGAGUGGCGUGUUGGUGAACAAUAUCCAAACUAAUAAAA